AGUUGUCGUCAUCAGCACCCCAGAUAUCCCCCCCCCUUAGCUCCCUAAAUGGAUGGGGCAGACUUGGUCCAUGCAGUUCAGCACAGGCCAAAAGAUUGGAAACAACUUGUGAGUAUCCGUCAGUUUGGCGUUUAGAGGGAAAACGUUCAGAAAUGCCCGGCUGCUUCGCUGGAGCUCAACUCUGAGGACUUUUCUCCUGCAUUUGUGGUUUUUUUUUUUUUUUUCCUCAGGAGGACUGUUCAAAGUUUACAACAGAAAGGAAAACUCAGCGCUGAAGUGGCAGCUCUCACACUAUAGCCCUCGCUAUGGAUUGUAUGUAUUUAUUCAUGUGCUUUUCACUCAGUCCAGUAUUUUUGGAUCAUAUUUUCGCUGCAGAAACGCAUGAAAAACUCUCUGGAAAGUUAAGUGAAUAUGGUCUUAUCGUGCCAUUCAGCACAGACUCCCACGGCCGGUACAUUUCUCACGUGGUCUCUGCUGGAAGUGGAAGUAAAGGCGGUGAUGCUGGUGCCCCUGCUGCUGCUGAUGCCUCCUCAACCUUUGGCAGCAGAAGAAGGGUGGCCCGCGGUGCCCCCGAGAUGCCCUCGGUCACCUCCUCCUUGUCUCAGCACUUGUUUUUCAAUGUCACUGUGUUUGGGAAAGAACUGCACCUCCGCCUGAGGGCCAACAGGAGGCUGGUGGCCCCGGGGGCUUUUGUGGAAUGGCAGGAGGACUUUUUGGAAAAGGCCAAGGAACGUAUCCACGGGGACUGUGUUUUCACCGGGGACGUGAGUGACAUGCCGGAGGCCUCUGUGGCUAUCAGCAAUUGUGACGGACUGGCAGGUCUGAUCCGGACUGAUAAUGGGGAGUUUUUCAUCGAGCCCCUUGAGAAGGGCCAACAGGACGUGGAAGUGAAAGGGCGGGUCCAUGUGGUCUACCGCAGGUCAGCCAUCAAGAGGGAGACGGGGCAACGGAGAGAGGACCUCCACAAUGAAGUGGCAGACUUCGGGAUCGCAAACCUCCCUGCGGCUCUGGAUGUCGUUGAACAUAAACUGUCUGAGUCCGAGCGCAAGAGGAGGCACGCGAAGAAAGACGACUACAACAUUGAGGUGCUGCUUGCGGUGGACGACUCCGUGGUGCGCUUCCAUGGCAAGGAGCAUGUGCAGAAUUAUGUUCUCACGCUCAUGAACAUAGUUGAUGAAAUCUACCACGAUGAAUCUUUGGGAACCAACAUCAACAUUGUCCUUGUCCGCAUGAUAAUGGUCGGGUACCGACAGUCUAUAUGCCUGAUCGAGCGUGGCAACCCAUCCCGCAGCCUGGAGCAGGUUUGUCGAUGGGCCAACACGCAGCAACGCCGCGACCCUGACCAUGCCGAGUACCACGACCACGCCAUCUUCCUCACAAGGCAAGAUUUUGGUCCCGCAGGUAUGCAAGGUUAUGCUCCAGUGACAGGGAUGUGCCACCCACUGAGGAGCUGCACUCUGAACCAUGAGGAUGGCUUCUCCUCCGCCUUUGUGGUUGCUCAUGAAACCGGCCAUGUGCUAGGCAUGGAGCAUGACGGCCAGGGGAAUCGUUGUGCUGAUGAGACCAGUAUGGGCAGCAUCAUGGCACCACUUGUCCAAGCAGCUUUCCACCGCUAUCACUGGUCACGUUGCAGCAAGCAGGAGCUCAAUCGAUACAUCCACUCCUAUGACUGCCUGCUGGAUGAUCCCUUUGAACACAAGUGGCCCAAGCUUCCUGAGCUCCCUGGAAUAAAUUAUUCAAUGGACGAACAGUGCCGCUUUGAUUUUGGUGUUGGUUAUAAAAUGUGCACCGCUUUUAGAACCUACGAUCCCUGCAAACAACUGUGGUGCAGUCACCCCGACAACCAGUACUUUUGUAAAACCAAAAAAGGUCCUCCGGUCGAUGGGACAGAGUGUGCGCCAGGAAAGUGGUGCUUCAAGGGCCAUUGCAUCUGGAGAUCCAGCCAGCAACCUCAGGGCCACGAUGGGAGCUGGGGCUCCUGGUCAAAGUUUGGCUCUUGCUCCAGAACGUGUGGAGGUGGAGUUCGCUCCCGCAACAGACAGUGCAACAACCCUCCGCCUGCUUACGGUGGUCGAGAUUGCCCAGGCUCUGCUUUUGACUACCAGAUGUGCAACACAGAGGAGUGCGCUGGCCCUUACGAGGACUUCCGUGCUCAGCAGUGCAUCCAGAGGAGCAACAAAUACCACAAAAACGUCAAGCACACCUGGCUACCGUACGAGCACCCAGAUGAGGGCCGCAAGUGUGAGCUGAGCUGCAAGUCAAAGGAAACCGGAGAGGUGGUGUUCAUGAACCAAGUGAUGCAUGAUGGGACCCGCUGCAGCUACUCUGACCCCUUCAGCGUGUGCGCAAGAGGAGAGUGUCUGCAUGUAGGCUGCGACAAAGAGGUUGGUUCUUACAAACAAGAGGACAAAUGUGGAGUGUGUGAGGGGGACAACUCCCACUGUCGCACUGUGAAGCUGACGCUCACCAAGACGCCCAAAAAGAAUGGAAUGCUGAAAAUGUUCGACAUCCCAAUAGGAGCCCACCACAUUGUUAUCGAAGAGAAUGAGACCUCCCCUCAUAUAAUUGCUGUGAAGAAUCAAGUUACUGGAAACUUCAUACUGAAUGCAAAAAGUGAGGACGCUGAAUCAAAGACCUUCAUCGAAAAUGGUUUACAGUGGGAAUAUUCCAUCGAUGGUGAGAAGGAGACCCUUAAAACAAAUGGUCCUCUGCAUGAAGGCAUUGUAGUGCUGGUCAUUCCCCAGGAGGAAGACACAAAGAUCAGCUUGACAUAUAAGUAUAUAAUACAUGAGGACCUAUUACCACUUAUUACCAACAACAAUGUUCUUCUGGCUGAACUCGACACCUACGAGUGGGCACUGAAAAGCUGGUCUCAGUGCUCCAAACCUUGUGGGGGAGGCAUACAGUACACAAAAUACGGAUGCAGGAGGAAGAGUGACAGCCGUUUGGUACAUCGUAACUUUUGUGAAACCAGCAAAAAGCCCAAACCCAUCCGCAAACGCUGCAAUGUCCAAGAGUGCAGCCAGCCUACGUGGGUGGUGGAGGAGUGGAGUCCCUGCAGUAAGACCUGCGGGAAGCUCGGCUACCAGACCAGGGUGGUGCAGUGCAUGCAGGCACUCCACAACGGCACUAACAGGCCCGUCCACAGCAAACACUGCACAGAGGAUCGUCCCGAGACCAGGAGAGCCUGUAACCACACCAUAUGCCCCGCCCAGUGGAGGACAGGGGCUUGGUCUCAGUGUUCGGUGACUUGUGAUGAAGGGAUUCAGCAAAGGCAGGUGGUUUGCAAAGCCAGCGACAACACCAUCGGAGAAUGUGAGGGCGAGAAGCCAGAAACGGUCCUUAUUUGUAAACUGAGUCCAUGUCCAGGACAGCCAGUGUCUUCUCACACCGUUGAAACAAUGGAAAACUCCACAAUAAAAGAUGAAGCUGUACACCAACGGGCUCCUGAAAACACUGUCCACAAAAUCUCUUCAAAUGAGCCAUGUCUGGGAGAUAAAUCGAUUUUCUGUCAAAUGGAGGUUCUUGCCCGUUAUUGUUCCAUCCCUGGAUAUAAUAAGCUUUGCUGUGAGUCUUGCAACAAGAAAGAAAGCCUCGCCACAUAUUCUCCUGACCUCCAAAACACCCCAGUGGCCUCAGCUGAACUUGAGACCUCUGCUCCUUCUCAACCUGCAUCACCCAAGGCUCCUCUACCCACUACGACCCAGAGCCCGUUGCAAACCACUAAAGCCAUCAGCAGACGGUUUCGCUCCACUGCUCCGGUUCCAACCACCGCUGCCACUGCUGAAGCCUCGCCAUCCACGGGUGCUGCUCCGCCCCAGGGUCCCACCAGUGACUCCUUUCUCACAGCUGAGAAGGGAGACUCAGACCCAGGGCCUCUUCUACCUCCAGGGCCACCGCGGCCCACUGCAGACUCCAGUGGAGGUGCCUCUAAAGAGCACAGUCCAAACAGCACUUUAGGCCCAGUCGCUGCCAGGUCAAGAAGGGACGAUUUAGGAUCCGAGAGGGACUCGAGUCACAGAACCCUGUCAGCUCAGAAAUGAACAGUGAGCGUGAUGUUGUGAACGUGCUGCUCAGUGAGACGGUCUCAAACAUCAGCUCACCCGUUGCAGCAUCUGAUAGACUUGCUGCAGAUAUUUUCCUUCUUUUUUUUUUUACAAAGAUUUUUUGUUCCAAUGCCAGUGAACUUAGACCAGACCAGAGAUGGUUACCUCAUCAAAACUCCAGAGUGAUCUGUGUGCAGCAUCGCUCUGCCCUCUGUGCUUCAAA